UUAAGAAUUGCAAUAAAAUUAUAUAGAAAAAGAAAUUAAGGAAUCGGGACCAAAUAGAUUGCACGGAAUUGUCCAUUAAAAUGCAGUACAUUUAAAGAGAGAUGCAAAUACUAUAAGAAUAGAAGAAUACUUUAAAGAAAACCGCAAUAGAAAGGCAAUAAAAUAAUAAGAACUGCAAGAAACUGCAGCAUCAGCGCACAAAAAAUAAAUAAAUAAAUAAAUAAAUAAUAUACAAAAAAACAAAUUUAUAUCAACAACUUCAUAAUCAUUAAUUGUAGAACGAUAAUCACUAAACAAAAAUAAUAAAAUUGAGAAACAAAAACAAAUAGACAAAACAAAACAAAAACAUUACAAAGUAAAACCAAAACAAAUCACAAAGGAAGAAACCGAUUACCCACCCAACACUAAAAUCAAUCGCUUUGCUCAGUUAUUACAAAAUAUUUCACUAAUUGCCAACAAAUUACCCAUAAAUUUAUUGUUUUUACAAUAAUAAACGCAGCGAACAGCGAGCGGCGAGUAGCGAGUAGCAAGUAGGAAGCAGUGAGCAGGGAGUAGGAAGCAUAUCGUUCAUCAAAAAUGGAUUACAGCCAAUUGGAUGCGAAUAUUAAUAGUAAUCUGAAUACAGGCAACAUUUCCACACAUGACUUUCUAGCAAUAUUCUCAUCGACAAGUCCAACUGAUGUCGCUGGUGGUGGUCCAGGCGGAGGAAAUACCACGUCGUCCGGCAGCAUACUAUCAACGAAACUGCAUACGAAUGCUAGUCACAUAGCGAGCACUGGUGCCAGUAAUGUAACGCUCAAUCCGCCCUUACUUACCGUUGACGGUCAAUACACAGUCGCCAAUAUACUUGAGAGCUCAUUGGCGGGCAUUGCCACCACGUUGAAUCCCAAUUAUAUAAAUGACAGUCUCUUCUACUUAAAUAGUAAUUUUUUCAAUAGCAGCACAAGCACAAGCUAUGGCGGCUAUGGCAUUGGCGGCAGUAGCAUCAAUUUCUCGAGCGGCAAUUAUUACAAUCAAACAUUUGCGAAUAGCACCGGUAAUAUCACCGAGAUACAGUGGAAUGGGCGCUAUCCCAGCGGCUAUACGUUAACACACAUUGUGAUUGCCUCAAUUAUAGUUACAUUUCUAAUGAUAAUCAUUGUUGUGGGCAAUAUGUUGGUUAUCAUUGCGAUUGUGACCGAGAAAUCAUUGAAGAAUAUACAAAAUUGGUUUAUCGCCUCAUUAGCGGUGGCGGAUUUUUUUCUCGGUCUAAUUAUUAUGCCAUUCUCGCUGGCGAAUGAAUUGAUGGGCUAUUGGAUAUUCGGUAGUUGGUGGUGCGAUAUACAUUCGGCUAUGGAUGUGCUAUUGUGCACGGCUUCCAUUAUGAAUUUAUGUCUAAUAUCGUUGGAUCGUUAUUGGAGCAUAACAAAGGCAGUUGAUUAUUUGAAAUCGCGUACGCCCGCACGUGCUGCGGUUAUGAUAGCUGCUGUUUGGAUAAUGUCAGCUUUAAUUUGCAUUCCG